CAAUCGCAUCUCGCCGAGGGUUUUGCGAGGGUUUUUCAUUAGUCUCUUCAUUUGUCCUCCGAAUAGCUACUCAAUAUUGUGAUCGAGAAGCGAUGGGGAAAAAGCGAAAGCAUAGAGAAGCUGAAUCUGAUACUAACGGGUCAGAGGCGAAUAAAGAGGAUGCUGCAUCGGAGAGACCUAAACGGACACUCCUCGGUUGGAAGGAGAAGCCGAAAGAGAAUGAAGAUAACGCUACUCCUGGUUUCAGGAACAAAGAGAAAGUACUCGUCACGUGCUCUCGUCGCAUCAAUUUCAGGUAUCGGCAUUUGAUGUUGAAUGUGGUGUCGCUUUUGCCACAUUGUAAGAAGGACAAUAAGGUCGAGUCCAAGGAAACUAAAGGUGCCACUCUCAACGAGCUUGUUGAGCUCAGGAAUUGUUCCUCUUGCCUGUUUUUUGAGUGCAGGAAACACUUGGAUCUCUAUCUGUGGAUGGCAAAGUGCCCAAAUGGUCCAUCCGUGAAAUUUUUAGUAAAUGCUGUGCACACUAUGGAAGAACUGAAGCUUACUGGGAACCAUUUGAAAGGUUCACGUCCCCUUCUAACUUUCUCGGCCAAUUUCAGUAAGGAUGCCCAUUGGAUGCUUCUGAAGGAGAUGCUCAUUCAGAUUUUUGGAAUUCCAAAGGGACAUCAGAAAUCUAAGCCAUAUCAUGAUCAUGUCUUUGCCUUCUCAAUUGUCGAUGAUCAUAUAUGGUUCCGAAACUACCAGAUAGCUGUUCCCCACAACGAAUCGGAUAAGGUGUCUCGAGGGAGCUUGGAAAAAAUGACUCUUGUUGAGGUUGGCCCAAGAUUUUGUUUGAAUCCGAUCAAGAUAUUCGGUGGUAGCUUUGGAGGCCCUACGUUGUACGAAAAUCCAUUUUACGUAUCACCAAACCAGAUUCGAGCAUUGCAGAAAAAGCAGAAGACAGGCAAGUAUGCCAAGAAGGUCAAGGCGAAAACAAGAAGAAAGAUGCAUGAGCUAUCAAAUCCACUGGAGCCUGAUGAAUUUGCUGAUAUGUGGAAAGAGUAAACUAUACGCUCCUUUCAUCUUUGAAUCAAAGGGAAAAGAGAGAACUUAUUAUCUUGUAGUCAUCAUGAAGUGACGGAAUCUUAUCUGUCGUGAUUUUGUAGUUUUGGCAGUUCAGUUUUGGGAAAGCUGUAUCAGAGUUUUUUCUUUCCAAUGCCAGUUGCAUUGUCACUGUAGCAGAUCGUUUCAAUGCACUAACAUGUGAAAUGAGGGGAGUUU